UCUAACGCCACGUUCAGCUUGGAGAAUCUCCCGAGCUCACUGAUUUCAAGCCACAUGUGUACCCAAGAGGAAGUACAAACAAAGUUCCCCAAAUGUUGUCGUCACUUAAACCGAGUUCCAAUCUAGUAGUCCACAUAAGUGUCUAGUUACCCUAGAUACCUCAGCCGUCUUGAAUGGAAUCUCCGAGCCUCCUAUGACGGCGGCGAUUGCUCGCGAAUCGUUUGCUUAUUAUCAAAAAUUUCUUACAUUGAUAGGCGCGGGUAGUUCCUCCUACUUCUUCCACGAGCUGUAAUUGAUACGAUUGUAACGCAAUCACAAUCAGUCCGAUUCUUGACGCGCCCCGGAACGGUUUAAAAUUACCCCAGCUGCUCCCCAGCUCCAGAAAGUUUGCACAAAUCAACCUCGAAAAAAAAGUGCGUUUUAAAAAUGGACCUCGCGCCGUUUGAUAUUGACACCUCCCCGCCCAGUCCUGAGUUGUUGGAGUUUUCCCGCAAGGAUCUGCGCGAGACGCCCCAAGUCCGCGAGGCGGCCAUUCUAGAGCUCCGGAAGUUGCUGCACAACGCGACCGAUCUGCACUACCGCGAUGAUGACGAUUUUCUGAUGAUCUUUCUGAGGCCGUGCCACUUCUAUGCGGAGAGUGCGCUGAAAAUGAUGCGACGAAUUGCAGAGUUCAAGAAGAACAAUUACCCGUUGAUGCACAACCUAAGUCCAGAGGAUGAAAAAAUCUCCUUCAUCGACCACGGAAUCGUCAACGUGCUGACCAACAAGGACCACAAGGGUCGCCGGGUACUGCUGAUCAACUGUGGCAAAGCGUGGGAUCCGAAGGCGGUCAGCCCGGAAAAGAUGUUCCGGAUGUUCUUCCUGGUCCACCUGGUGGCCCAGCUGGAGCAGUCUACCCAGAUCAACGGCGUCGUCAUCAUUAUGGACUUUGACGGACUUUCACUCAAGCAGGUCAAGGCGUUGUCGCCGUCCUUCUCGAAACUUCUGCUGACCUUCAUCCAGGAAGCGGUUCCACUGCGGAUGAAGGAGGUUCACAUCAUCAAGCAGCCGUUCGUGUUCAACAUGGUGUGGCAGCUUUUCAAGCCUUUUAUUGGUGAGAAGCUCAAGACCAGGCUGGAAUUCCACGGUCAAGACAUGAAGAAGCUGCACAAGUACCUUGACCCCAACUUCCUGCCGAAAAACUUUGGCGGGAAUCUGCCCAUGCUUAACUAUGGUUCCCGGGAUUGGUAUCCCUGCAUCGAGAAGUACACCGACCACAUAAGCAAGUGGAACACGUACGGAUUUGCCAGUGGUCCUUGAAGGAUGCAACCUGUGUGACCGUACUAAGCGACUUGAGUGAUAUUAGACGAAUUGUUUCGAGGCAGGUUUGGGCUCGACGGCAGCAAUUGUGAAGGGAAAGGCAAAAGGGAGGAACGCUACUUAGUUUGAGGUUUUUUUGUGUUGGGAAAUCGUUCAUUUUACGUGUUUAUUUAUUUGCUAAGAAAAAUAUAAAAAUAAUGA